GGGUUGUUGUUGGUUUUCCCCGCCUGUUGCUUUCAGUUCCUUCUGUCUCUCCUCAGGCAUAAAGGUAAAAUCUCACUGAAUUCUGUCAUUAAAAGCCUAUUUGUGAAACAGCUUUCGACUUGACCUGAAAUAAGGUUUGUGUUUGUGUGAAGAUGUCGGACCCCGAGACCCAAAACCAGCCUCUCCUGGCAGCUACCAACCAGCAGGCAGCCUUCAAUGCACAGGGUGGCCGCUCCUCCCGGGCCUAUAAGGUGGCAGGUAUAACCCUGUUGGCCUGUGUCCUGAUUGUGGGCCAGGCGAUGAUCGCCUACUUCCUCCUCAGCCAGAGGGGUGAAAUCACGUCUCUGAAGGAGCAAAGCAACAACCUGCAGUCACAAAUGACGAAGGGAAGAUCUGGUGAGGAGGCCAAAUAUAGGUCUAACUUUCAUUUAUUGCCGAUGCACAUGCCCAUGAACGCCUUGCCCGAGCUAAUGGAUGUGGACGAGGAGGCUUCCACUGGAGUCCCAGAAAAAAAUGUCCCUCUGCAGGCCACUGACUGCCAGCUGGAGAAAGCUGGUGUGAAGCCUGUGCAGGUCCCUGGUUUCCGCCCCGUCUGUGACGAGCGUGGCCUCUACCAGGCCCAGCAGUGCUUUAAACACCACUGCUGGUGUGUGAACCCAGUCAACGGGCUAGAGGUCGUUGGAUCCCUGAGGAAAGGACAGGCCAGUUGCGGUGCACCUGUCUUCACUGGUGCCAUGAGCAAACUGUUGACUGUGCCUGAUGAAGCAGUCUGAUACUGCGUUGAUGAAAACGAGAGACGAGCAACAGAAGAACAUCUUCAUCUAAACUUCUAAUCACCAUCAUAUUUGUAGUAUUUGAUAAGCUAAUGGGGUUAUAUAUACUGCUGAUAAAUUCACAAAUUAUAUAAUUAUCUGCUUGCUAUCACCUUAUCAGUUUAUAGCAACUCAUCUGCAACUAAUAUUAUAUGCGCAUUGAUUACUUUGCAUCUCCAUCAUAUAUAGCUCAAAGUUAAGGAUUUUAAAAUAGUUUGUUUUGCAACCUUCAAAUGUUUUAUUUAGAUUUUGUCCCAUUUGAUUAAAAAAACAUUUGCCAUGUUGGGAAGAUUGUAAAGAACAGCACAUUUUUAAUAUAUUUUGAAUAUUUAGAUUAACGGUGUGGUCACUUGAAUCUGUAGCCAAAGUUAAGCAGAUGAAACUGUGAUUCAAAUACACACACAUGCACACGCACACACACACACACUAAACACAUUUAGGUGCAAUCAGAAACCAGGAAUACUUCACUCUUGAGACAACUGUAAACUGUAUUUCCACCAUUUAUUUUACAACCCAAAUAAAACUCUUAAAGACA